GGACCUGACCGUCCAGAUUCUUCCCGGUAUGGAGCCCACAUCCCUCGCGGACAGCGUUCGCCAGCUGACCUGGGGCGCCAUCGUGGCCAUCGUGGUGGCGGUGCUGGUCGUCGUCGCCUUGCUCGUGGUCAUCUGUGUCUCCAGCUACAGAGCGUGCGCACGUCGCAACAGGGCAGAGGCUGCGCCUUCGGUUGUGCCCCAGGUCCGGCCGCCAAACGUUGUCGCAGUGCAGUGUCCCCCUGGGCCACCGUCGUUCACGCCUGUGCCCCAACCCUACCCCGGAUCGUCUUGGAUGACUUCGCCGGCUGACUACGCGCCGAAGCCCUCAAGAUGGUUGGCGGAAAAAAGCUCACCGGCGAUUAACUCGCCGGAACAGAGCACACCGGACAUAAGACCACCUGGCAUAAGCCCACCUGAGAUUAGCUCACCGAAGAUAGGCUCACGGAAGGUACUUCCACGACGCAUACACCCGCCGAAGAUGAGCUCACCUGACAUCAGCUCACCGGAAAAGAGGUCAGCGCAGAUAAACUUCGGGGACAUAAGCUCACCGGAGAGAGGCUCAACGGCGACAAGCUCACUGCAAAAUCGUCAGAUGCGGAGAAAAGCUGAGGGGUCAUUCAACGGCCCUUCAGCUUUUCUGGAAGGGCCCUUCAACGGAUGCGAAAGAAAGCUCACCGAAAGAUCCGCAACUUUGCGAGGGAUGACUCUCGCAAAAACCCGUAUGCAGUCUUAUCUUUUCAAUGAGUACAGUGAGAUCGAAGGGAGGACAACACAUUUCUUGUCCUAGUGCCUUCUUCUGACCUGUCAUUUUCCAACUGGCUACAUA